AUGGAACACUCGUCACCGUUGGCUGCCAUGCAGCCUCCGUCGGUGCUCUUUGGACACUGCUUUCGCUCGGAUGUGCCCUCAUCCUACGGCUCUUUUGGUCCCAGGUCUGGGCUGAAACCCCCUAGUUUCAAUUUCAAAGACCUGUCCAUGAAGAAGUCCCAUGGCGACUAUUUUAACGUGAAGCCGGUCCGUGGUUCCUCGCCAACGGCGAGUCUAGCCGCAGAUCUCUCUCAAAAUUUUCAUAUUGAUCAAAGUCCGCAAUUAGCAACCCCCCGGCGGUCUUUGUUCUCUUCAAAUCUCUUUGGGCAUGGAAAUGGUAUGUGCAUGACCACCCCUCCCCUCCCCUCGUCCUCGCCUGCUCCCGCUAUGGAUAUCAUGGAGAUGUCGCCUCUGCCGCACAAACCUCCAUUCUGUAUGACAAACGAGAUCGAGAUCAUUACCCCAGGGACGGAUGACUUGUCGGUGGACUCGCCCAUGCCCAGUCCGUUGGAGAACUCCCCCUCUGUCCCGCCCAAGGACGCUCAGCCAGAGAGACGGCGUCCGACGUUCCUGCGGCCCAGCCUCGCCAAAAGCAAAGCCCAGUCCUUUCAACUGGGCAUGACGAAGCCCGCCCCGGAGAGCCAGGCACCCCCCUUUCGAUUCCAGAGCAAAACCACCAAGACAUCCCUGAGCACGUCGGCGUCGUUGGAGGAUAUGUUUGGAGAAUCUCCGCAGCGUGAACGUCCACUGUUAAGGAACAAUUCGUCGGGCGGGCUGGCCAACCCUCGGUUGCGGCCGCCGUUGAUGGCCACUAACAGUGGCAGCCAUGUUCGUGGAAAUGGGUCGCCCUCCGCCGCGUCUAUUCGCAAGAGUUCCCACCCGUUGAUGCGCCCUCGGAAACAAUGUAGGCGUUCGUUGAGUAUGUAUGAGCAUCCAGAGGAUGUAGUUGUCGAAAAAGAGGCCAGUUUUACAUCAAAUGCACCACUUCAGUCGAUUUGCGACAUCGAAGCUACCCCGAGCCUCCACCUGCCUCAUGUCAUUCAUGAGGAUCAGGGAGACUCUCUGCCCCGUAUCGACAAAACCGUUCUUUUGGAGCUCAUGGACGGCAAAUUCAACGAUCAAUUCGACAACAUUCUGGUUAUCGACUGCCGCUUUGAGUACGAGUAUGAGGGUGGACACAUCAACGGCGCCGUGAACUACAACGACAAGGAAAACCUGGCUGCGGAGCUCUUUGCCAGCCCCAAGCCCCGGACCGCGCUCGUUUUGCACUGCGAAUAUUCGGCCCAUCGAGCUCCCAUUAUGGCGAAGUACAUCCGCCAUCGGGACCGCGCCUUCAACAUUGAUCAAUACCCCCAACUCAGCUAUCCGGACAUGUACAUUCUCGAAGGAGGUUACAGCUCCUUCUUUGCCCAGCAUCGCUCGCUAUGUUACCCCCAGAACUACGUCGAAAUGUCUGCCAAGGAGCACGAAUUCGCGUGCGAGCGUGGCCUUGGGAAGGUGAAGCAACGAUCCAAGCUGAACCGCGCUCAAACCUUUGCCUUUGGACAGAACUCGCCCGAAAUGGAAGACAGUCCCACCGGGAGAUGUCGCAACAACCCUGGUGAUCGCAGUCGAUUCCUAGGAUCGCCCUUCGCUGAAAGCCCCGGGUCUGCUCGAUUCCCCGGACGCCGUAUGCUGUCCUACUGA